AUGCACCGCUUGGUGAAAUGCGUGCUGGUCUCGCAGCUGGCUGUGCUGGUGCUGCGCGGCGGCGCGGCGCUCCUGUGUCUGCCCUGCGACGAGUCCAAGUGCGAGGAGCCCAAGCAGUGCACGGGCGCCGUGGUGCUGGGCAUCUGCGGCUGCUGCUCCGUGUGCGCCAAGCAGAAGAACGAGAGCUGCGGCGGCGUGUACGGGCUGUACGGGACGUGCGACGCGGGGCUGCGCUGCGUCAUCCGCCCGCCGCUCGACGGCGCCUCCAUCACCCAGUACGAGGUCGGAGUUUGCGAAGAUGAAAACUGGGAUGACGACCAGCUCUUGGGAUUUGAGCCGUGCAAUGAAAACCUGGUUACGGGCUGUAACAUCAUCGAUGGGAAGUGUGAAUGUGACAGCGUACGAACAUGCAACAACCCAUUUGAGUUUGCCAGCCAGGAAGCUUGUCAGACAGCCCUGAGGAAGAUCGAAGAGGAGAGACCGGACUGUUCCAAGGCCAGAUGUGAGGUUCAGUUUUCACCGCGCUGCCCGGAGGAUUCAGUGCUGAUUGAGGGUUACGCCCCACCAGGCGAGUGUUGUCCCCUGCCCAGCCGCUGUGUGUGCAGCCCUGCAGGGUGUUUGAGGAAAGUGUGCCAGCCAGGCUACCUCAACAUCCUGGUGUCCAAAAGCUCAGGAAAGCCUGGAGAGUGCUGUGACCUGUAUGAGUGCAAACCAGUUUUCAGUGUGGACUGCAGCACAGUGGAGUGUCCGCCUGUCCAGCCAGUGCAGUGUCCAGCCGACAGCUAUGAGACGCAGGUCAGACUGACAGCGGAUGGUUGCUGCACCCUGCCCACAAGGUGCGAGUGUUUGCCCGGUGCCUGCACCUUCCCACAGUGUUCGGCUGGAACAUCCCCCCACUUGGUCUCCCGUGGCAACGGAACACCGGGGAGGUGCUGUGAUGUGUUUGAGUGUGUCAAUGAGACCAAGCCAGCCUGUACCUUCAGUGGGGUGGAGUACCGCGAUGGCGACAUGUUCAGGAUGGACGCCUGCCGCUUCUGCCGCUGCCAGGGUGGAGUGUCUGUGUGCUUCACUGCACAGUGCGGUGUCCUCCACUGCGAACGUUACUACAUACCUGAGGGAGAGUGCUGCCCCAUCUGUGAAGAUCCGAUCUUCCCAGCUCUGAAUUUUGCAGGCUGCUAUGUGAAUGGGCAGAUCCUGGCUCAUGGUGACCACUGGCGUGAGGAUGAUUGUACGUUUUGCCAGUGUGUGAGCGGAGAGGCCCGCUGCGUGGCAGCUGCCUGUGGCCAUAGCUGCCUCAACCCCGUCACCGUGCCCGGAGAGUGCUGCCCUGUGUGUGAGGAGCCCACCUACAUCACCCUGGCGCCCCCUGCCUGUGGACCGUUGGAGAACUGCACGCUGACGGACAAGGACUGCCUGUAUGGCUUCCGGCUUGACCAGGACAGCUGUCGCACUUGCAGCUGUAAAACAAGAGAGGAGCUGUGCAGGGGUCUGAUCUCAGGCUGCACUCUGAAGUGCCCUUUUGGGUUCCAGACGGAUGCCCAUGGCUGUGCCUUGUGCCAGUGCCGGCAGCGCCACAAGAAGUGCAAGCCAGUAGCCUGCGCCAAGAACUGCCCCUUUGGCUUCGUUAAAAACAAGCAUGGCUGCGACAUCUGUCGCUGUAAGAGGUGCCCCGAGCUCCCGUGUGACAAGCCGUGUCCAAUGGGCUUCCAGCAGGAUGAGCUAGGCUGCCUGAUAUGCCAGUGUCGAGACCAGAGCUCCUCCUCUGUCGGCCCCUCGGUUAAACUGGGCUCAUGUUUGUCUAUGGAUGGCCGGAGACAUGAGAAUGGUCAAAGCUGGCACGACGGCUGCAGGGAGUGUUACUGCCAUGCCGGCCGAGAGAUGUGUGCCCUAAUUUCCUGUCCAGUGCCCUCCUGUGACAACCCCAGCAUCCAUGCUGGCCAGUGCUGCCCCACGUGUCCAGAUGAGUCAGGCUCUCAUAAGCCAGAGCUGAGCGAAGCGUCCGUGUGCUUGGCCCCGGGUGGGGAGUACUUUGUGGAAGGUGAAACGUGGAACAUCGACUCCUGCACCCAGUGUACUUGCCACGUCGGUCGUGUGCUCUGCGAGACUGAGGUGUGUCCACCGCUGCUCUGCCAGAGCCCAAUCAGAACGCAAGACUCCUGCUGCCCACACUGCCCAGAUGAGCCAGUCACACCACCAGCUCCCAGCAACGACAGCAUGCCUAGUUACUGCCGCAAUGAGGAGGGCGACAUCUUCCUGGCCGCCGAGUCUUGGAAGCCCAACGUCUGUUCCAGUUGUGUGUGUCUGGACGGAGUUAUCAGCUGCUUCUCUGAGUCCUGCCCUCCCGUCAACUGCGCCCGGCCUGUCCUGCGUAAGGGCCAAUGCUGCCCCUACUGUCUAGAUGCCACGCCUAGGGCUGUGUGCCACUUUAACGGGAAGACCUAUGUGGACGAGGAGCGAUGGGACAUCGACAGCUGCACACACUGCUACUGCCUACAGGGCCAGACGCUGUGCUCCACUGUCAGCUGCCCCGCCCUGCCCUGCAACCAGCCAAUCACAGUGGAGGGCAGCUGCUGCCCCAUGUGCCCAGAGAUUGCCCCCACUAAUGUGCCCAUAGAGAAGACAGACCAGCAUGGUGACAGACUGAGGCAUCGGCCAGCCUGGCCUACACACAGCGAGAAUGACAUCAUGCCACAGUUCAGAGGUGAUUUUGGGAGCCUGCAGAUGCCAUAUCUGGAUGGGAAGACGCCGUUGCCCAGAGAGGAUCCCAGCCUUCACUGGGCCUGGGUGGCCUUGCCCAUCCUCAUGAUGGUCCUCACUGUCACCGCCCUGCUGUUGGUCAAUCAGAGAAAGCAGUGGAUCCCUGUGCCUUGCUAUCGCACUCCCACUAAGCCCACAUGUCUGAAUAACCAGCUGGUGUACGUGGACUGCCAGAAGGGUACGAAGGUCCAGGUGGACAGCUCGCAGCGCAUGCUCCGCAUCGCCGACCCAGACUCACGCUACAGCGGCUACUACAGCAUGCCCAAACACAACAACCUGCAGGCAGACAACUUCUACCAGACUGCGUGAGCGAGCGAGAGUCAGUACGAGUGCAAGAGAGAGAGGGAGAGGGAGAGAGAGACACUAAGACCAGGGUCUUCUGCCAAAACCUGAGAGAGCACAUUACCAACUGCUACUAACUACAGUGAUGAACAAAGACGUGGAGAGUGGUAGACACCCUGGUAAAGAAUAACAAUCAUAAUACCCAUGUUAAUAGAACGUCACUCCAAAACGCACGCAGACAACUGACGGUCUCAUCGGGACGGGAUAACGUUAUCACGCCGGUCGCUGCGGGGAGUGUAUUUAUUUGAACCGGAGGAGCUGAAAGCUUCCUCGGGAAUAUUUUUGUGCAUUAGAGAAUGCGUGUAAGUGUGUGUGUCUGCGCGGUUGGAGGUUUAUGAGAUCAAACGUACAUAUUUGGGAUUAGGACAGACUGGGGUGUUUUGGGUGUUUGUUUUUUUUUUCUUUCAAAAGUAAUAUUUUUUGUGCAUUCCGACUUUUCUUCUUUUUUUUUUUUGAAAAUGAGAAAGCUAUUUGAAAACUGUUUGAAGAAAAGAGAGAAAACUCUUCAAGUGCUUUGUGCGAACACAGAACCAAAGCUUCUCUGGGAGAGACCUGGGGUCGGGUGGAGGCGGAGAAGGGAAAAGAGAGGAAAAGAAGAGAAAAGGAGCAAACGAAAGAAAGAUUUUGGUAGAGCGCAGCUGAGGCCCUUCCCUGCUUUUCUCGCCCAGUCACCGCGAUCUGGUUUGGCUGUUUUUGGCCCCUUGAAAGAUGAACGGAAGAAGACUGAGAGCAGCUCGGCGGACAAUAGCUCUUCCUGCUAGAUGGAUUCGUGUUGGUCUCUUUGUAGUGUUUCUGCUUAGAUGUAUAAGCAUUUUGCCCCUUUUCACAUAACAGUCAUCAGCUUCUUUAUUUUUACCACAAAGGGCAGACUGACUCUCACACUUAAAGUGACAAUAUAUUUUGCGACAAAAGGGUUGAUACAUGGUAUAAAGAUAAUAUAAAAGGUAGUUAUACUGGUUUGAUGAAUCUAUGCUACAAGUGCUGCUUUCUGCUUUGAUUCUCUAAGCCUUGUUUUCUAGGGGUUGAACUAUAGAGAGUAUUAAUUACAUCCUCUAGGAAACAAUGAUGCAAGGAAACAUAAAAUCAAAGAAUAUGAUCAAACGACUUUUGUUAGGGGGGUUUUGAGAUGCAAAACGCUCUUUAAUGAGUUUUUUCCCUAGUUUUUACUGAUUACGAACCCGCCUCCUCCUCUGGAAGCUUCGGAAUGUUAUUGAAGCACCUUUGUUCUCUGUUUUUCCUUGCUUGGGGAAAAAAAAGCAGUCUACUUCGAAAUUGGCUUCAAAACCUACUCACGCUAUAGGAACAUUUAUGUACAUAUUAAUGCUACGACGAAAAAGACCUGAACUAUUGUGUGAGUAUAUAUGUAUGUGUGUAUGUUUGUGUUGGCAUGUAUGUACGUGUGCACACAAACGCACAUGCAUGCACACAUUUACUUUGCUUCACCUGUAAAGUUCUCUGUUUCAUUUUUCCUAUUGAAUGUAUUUAUGACUGAGAAAAAAAAAGAUUUUUAUCUAUGGAAAAUCGAUGAUGACAGGCAUUCCAUUGCCUUGCUUGUUUGAUAGUAAAUUGCAAGAAAGACAGGCGGUAAAAAAGGCAGAAAGAAAACAAUGAACAUCUCAUUUUAUUUUUAUUUGUUUCCUUUUUUUGUAAUUUUGUUUUCCUUCGACUUUUUUCUGGCCCUGGGCCCGUUUGUGGUGUGUUCUUCAGCUGAGUCUCUUUGCUUCCACUUCUGGCAUCCUGCGUCUCUCUGUUGUGAUCUGACAGUUUCUCUGCGUUUCAGACUGUUUUUAACAUGCCCUCAUUGACUUCCCCGUUAAGCUACACUAUGUACAUUUUUGAGAUUUGGAGACCUCUCUGGUGGAAAUAUGUAAUGGCAUGUGAAUCAAGCAGAUGAAUCUGAUGGGAAACAAAGUGAAUUAUCUACUAUUGCCAUCGUAUCUUCAUCUGUAUAAUGUCAGUUUUGCAUUUACGACUUCUUUUAAAAAUUCUUAGUGUAUGUAAAGACAUAUGACAUCACAAAAUACAACCUGACGCUUCUGACCUUUAACUGAGUAUUUCUGGCUUUACAGGGAGACGCAAAUCAACACAUUUCAGAGUGUUUUUUUCUCCUGACUCAGUUUUCACGAAAGACUAUUUGUAGUGCAGCAUUCAGUGCUGUUUUUUUACUGUAUGAGCUCAUACGAACUUAGAUGGGUCAAUGGAGGACUGAGGUAUUGAGUCAGCAGUAGUGUAGACUUUCAUACUUCAAUGGUAAUACAUUCUUUAAAAAGAUGGUUCUUCAAGGGUUCUGUAGUAAAGAAAAUACCCAGAGAUCCCUUUGGAUGAUUAAAUGGUUCUUUGCAUUAUGAAAGGGUUCUGCAGAUUGAUGGAGAAUGUGCUGUAGAUGAUUCUAUAUACAAGAGUUCUAUUUAGCACCAAAACGGUUCUUGUUUCAAGCUUGGCAUUGUAACAAUAGCAGAACCAUUUUUGGUGCUAUAUAGAAUCAAAAACGUCCUAUGUAGAACCAUCUAAAACACAUUCUCCAUCAAUCUCAAGAACCAUUUCAACAUGCAAAGAACCAUUUAAGCAUGAAAUGGUUCUAUAUAGACCUUGUGGUUCUAAAUAGAACCGUUAUUUUAGUAAAUAACUUUUAAAGAACCGUUUAAGAGUGUAGCUAAUAAGCUGUCUUAGGCUCAGAGGUAUCCCAAGUAGUAAUUAAACGUGCCAAUAUUGGGAUCAUUGUCUUCUCACAAAAACAUCUUACAGGCCACACAGUUUGAAGCAAACCUACUGUGUAAGUUGCCGAGCAAAUCACCUGAACCUGUGUUUUUGUGCUUAUUACUGAGAAUAAGUACAUUCUUACUGAAAAAAGGUUUGAGCAAGUAUUCGAGGGCGUGUUAAGAAAAACACUGAAAUGCAGAGACUGAGUUGCUGGUGGCCGGUUGUUGCUCCUUUGUUCUGGUCACGGGUCCCUGCAGGCUUCUCAACUACUGGAACCACGGCAGACAUAAGCUGUUGAAGGGAGGGGGAGGGGGAGGGGCUGUACACUUGUGAUAGUUUGUCUUGGUUGUACUUUAAAUCUCUUGUCUGAUAAUGUUUGUAGAAUUAUACAUUUUGGCACUUUUAUAUAGAGAAAUACGUAGCCUUUGUGUUUCUUUCUUCCUUUUUGUUUUGUUUUGAUUUCAAACAAAUCCUUUUCAUAAAAAGAAAGUUGCCCUUGUGUUUUUCCUAAAAACCUUGCGGGAUCCCAUGCAGAGCAGCGACGGUUCAUUUGUUCCAAAAUGAAUUAAAGAAAAAAAAGAACUUCUCCCCUCCCGGUUUACGAUUAGGCCACAUCUCUGACGAGUUUGAAGCGAGCAUUAACGGGAUAAUGCACGCUAAAGAGGAGCUUUUCCUUCUUAGUGAUACUCUGCAUAACAUCUCAGCUCGCUCUGCAAACAGGACAACUCUCUGAAAGUUGCCUUGCAGUCACGGCAAGUCAGAAAGCAUUACGGAGAGAUGCAGUAAACAAACAGCGUAAUGGAGCGCUGUGAAGGAUUGUUUUGUAGAAUAAAACCACAAAGCUGCGUCGCUUCUACAAAGCAAAUAUGACAGACUUCAGUGAGGUGCAUGCAUAAUUAAUGAGCAGCACACUAAUGGAGGUGCAGCUCACUUUCAAGUUCAAAUGCACAGCUGUGCAUGGCAAAGCAACUUUCUUUCCUAUUUAGUCCUUCUGAGCAGGUUUUUGCUUUUAUCUAAUGAUGACUGAGGAACGCCGCUGACUGCCUCCACAUGUGGCAGGUCUGCACGUUCGAGGGGUCUCGCAGGGUGAAAUCGUAUUUUUUUUAGUGCAUCCUCCAAGUAUUGUUGUAAAUACUUGAGUGUCACUCGCCAAAACAGAACUUAAAAAAAGACAAAAAAGGUAGGAAAGAGAAAAAAAUGAAAGAUUUAAUUUAUUGUUUUUAAUUACCUUUAUAAUUUAUUGAUGAGCAGAGCAAUUUGAGCAUGUAGGAGUUUCAAACAAAGACACAGCUGAAAUCGUGCAGCUUGUUUUGUUGUUGUCUUGGUCUCUCAAGAGUGCUUCAAAAUGACUGAGUUCAAAAACACAGUACAUGCUUUUUCAUCCACACUAGGCUGUUCUUUUCCUCCCCGACUGUCUAAUGUGUAUUUUUUUGUUUUUGUUGUUUUUUUGGUUUUUUUUGGGGACAUUGCUGUUUCCAUGAGGGAAAAGUUAGGGGGCUAGUCCUGCGUUCCAGUAAGUAAGCUUAAUGAACUUGGAGAAAUUUCUCUCCUGAUCUCCCCUCUUCCUUCUCACUCAGUCUAUCCACAGAGCCCUUCUCGAGUUUGUAUACUACUGGUGUUUUAUGCUCAUGUAAAAAAGCGAGACUUGUCAGUACUGGUGGUGAUAUUGCAGAUAUCUAAAGAGGUUAGAUGAAGAUUUGACUCAGAAUUCCCGUAGCACAGAUCUUUUUUCAAUUUUCAUGUAUUACUUUUGUUUGUUUCUUUGCAGCACAAUAAAUACUUUUUAAACAGUUAA